AUGGACUGGGCGCUACAGUGCACGGCGGGUCAGCGGCGAGGUCAAUCGUGUGGGAACGGCACAAAACCUAAACGAGGAUCUCCGGGCCCACACUUGGAUAAUUCUCUUCUAAUCACCCUCCAUCUCCCACCUACCCGCAGAGCUCCCAGGGGGCCUCCACUCUCCUCUCCGCUCCUCACCUCAUCAGACAGGCCUCCACCCCGGCCCGCCAAGCCCCCUCGCCCACUGACCCAUACCACCUACCCCCCUUCCCUACACCCACCUCAGCCCUCCCAGUCACCGCGGGCUCUAUACCUGCCAGGCUCUCUGACAGCCUCACAGUCCCUCCCGGCUCACCCCCCCAUGAGAGGAGACCGCCUGCCCAUCCGGAACGCUGCCGUGGCAGGACCCCUCUCCCCCCCUGGGCCCUUCUCCGACCUAAAGCCAGCACAGUGUCGGCAGUUUGACAAAGUCUUCAACUUCUUUGUCUCUCAUUACAGGCCCAUCUCCCGUGACCUGAGUAAUAUACUUUUAACUCUCUCUUCUCUUUCAUAA